AUGGCCUCUUCUGAGAAUUUAAUGGCGAUGGAAAAGUCAUGGCCGCCGUUUCGUUCAACACUUUCCGAUUCUUGGUUUUUCGAUAUCUUUUCUAAUAAAGAAACAGAAGCACUGACAAAAGCUUUGAAGAAAUCGUUCACAAAUCCAUCAAUUGAUGAUGACUCUAGUCAUGAUUUUUCAACUGGUACAGUCGAAUCCUUUCUGGUUAUUCCCGAAAUAAGGCCGGAGCAGACACCCACGGCGGCAGGUGGUUUAGGAAGUGGAGUUCCGAUUGCGAAAAGCCGUUUUGAAGCGCCGGCUGGGAAGAUCACGAAGAGAAAGUCACGUACCUCGAAGCGGGCGGCGGCAACGACGUUUAUCACGGCUGAUGCGGCGAAUUUCAGGCAGAUGGUCCAGCAGGUGACGGGGUUGAGAUUCGGCGGUUUAAAUCCAGCGGCACAAGUGCUGAAGCCGCAGCCGCUGCCGCUGCCGCCAAGAGCUAUGAAUCACAUGCAGGAUGGUGGGUGCUUGCCAACCCUUGACACCUCAGCUUUCUUGCUGGGCCAAGUGGGGUCCACUUCAUCUCAAUCUGUUGAGCUACCGGCGGGCAAUGUUCCCCCGUCUCCGUCCGGUGCUGGUGGCUUUGAAUAUGACUCCGUUUUCAGCUUUCCAACUCUCGAGUCUUGGAAAGCUGUGUAA